GCAACUGCGGAAACAUCUGUAAUUGACACCACACAUGUCACAGAACUGUCAGUAGCAAAACCUCGUCACCUUUCAACCCUUAGAACGUUUUCUUUCAAUCUUUAAUUUUUUCAUAACGACAGAAACGUCAAUUGCGCGCGCGUUACAUCCGCUCGCACGAAUGUGACACACACGCAACCGAUUGAAGAGUUCCAAAUAGAGGUGUCCAAAUUAGGUUUUGCCGAUUUAAUCGCGCGAGUUUCUCCGUGACUGUCCCAAAUCGCGCAAUUGCACGGAAAUGGGAUCGUUGACCAGCAGACAGAACGCUGGCGUCGAGGAGGUUGACAUCACGUCGAACAACGCGUACAAAUAUCCCCCGCGAUCUGGUUCCUAUUUUGGUAGUCACUUUAUAAUGGGCGGCGAACGAUUCGACACACCUCAACCCGAGGCGUAUCUUUUCGGGGAGAACACGGAUUUAAACUUCUUAGGAAGUCGUCCAACCCCCUUUCCGUAUCCUCCGCCUCAAGCGAACGAUCCUACCAAGACCUUGAAGAGUUUAGUGAACAUUCGAAAGGAAUCUCUGAGACUGGUGCGCAACAUGGAUCACACGUCGGCGACCGUUCAGUACAACAACGUCAAACGUUACAACAAAGACAUUAAACUGAAUCCCUUCAACAUCGAGUUUGUGUUCGACUGUGAUGUGAAGUGCGCAAUAACGAUAUAUUACUUCUGUCAAGAGGACGUAACCACGAAAGGCGUCAAAUACAUACCCAGAGAUAUAGACAUGACUUCGGAAACGUAUCACUACAACAAAGGAGCGAACCAAUUGUUCUCGCAACCGUCGCACAUAUUCGAUCCGUCGUUGGAGGAUGCGGCGGAUAUGGUGUACAACGUGAACAAAGAAAUUAUUCCGAUAGCUAUACAUUGCGUAGCGGAGGAGGGAUCGGACGAUCCGAAACAGUCUCACACGACGAUAGCCGUGGUCGAGAAACAUCCCGACGGCACGUACGUUUUGAAAGCGCUCAAGCAGAAGCUGUACGUGGACGGUUUGUGUUAUUUGUUGCAAGAGAUUUACGGAAUCGAGAACAAAAACACCGAAAACGCCAAGCAACAAGGCAGCGACGAGGACACCGAGGACAACGGUUCCGAAUGCGUUAUCUGCAUAAGCGAGGUGCGCGACACGUUGAUUUUGCCGUGCAGGCAUUUGUGUUUGUGCAACUCGUGCGCCGACUCGCUCAGAUAUCAGGCGAACAACUGUCCGAUAUGUCGCGCGCCUUUCAGAGCGCUUUUGCAAAUCAAAGCUCUUCAGAAAGCGACCGGCACGAUCAUCGCCAAUCCGGCGUUGCCAGAGGGAAGCUGCGAGAAUAUUCCACCAGGUUACGAGGCGGUGUCUCUGAUAGAAGCUCUGAACGGACCUUACACUCCGCGAACCGCUAUCAUCGCGCCGGAAUCUCCCGAUACACCCGACACGGAUACGGCGAGCGCUAUUCAAGCCGCGGAAACUUUGAAUCGCUCGGCCGAGCGCACACCGAUUUCUAAACACGCAUCCGCCAAAGAAGCCGACAUAUCAGCCAGAUCGAGCGGCACCGCUUGCCCGACUCCCGAGUUCCGUAUGUCCGUGUUGCUGGCCAGGGACGAACACUCGGGUUCUCAAAAAGAUCUCCACAACAGAUCCCCGGCUAUGCGUACCAAAUCGGUGCACACACGCGACAAAUCCAGUUUGAGAACGCGCGACACCCUCAGACUGGUCAACGAGAAGCAACCAGCAGCCUCGUUGUACGAGGGCCAAGGUCACGACGAGGACAGCGAGGCAGAGAAGUUGUCACCGUUGUUGGAUGCGGCUACAAGCACCGAAGCUCUGGACGUACAUUCCCACAGAAUAUGCGAUAUUGAUGUCGACGACGAGAUUCAGAACACGGAAAACGAGACGGAUACAGAUCUUAACUGUCAUUCGCGCUAGACACGUAAAGUGUUUUUUUUUCCUCACGAAGCUUUCAUUCUCGAGCAGUUUGGUUACCAUUACUGAAUAAUAAGUUUUUAAAUUUUUCGCGAAAUUAUUUAUUUAUUCAGGAGUUUUAAGCAAUUUUUUUUAAUGCGGGGGAAUCCUCAUGGACACUCUCAGUUCUCUGAAAAGGCUGAGAGUAGUGUCGGACUCGUACCGACUAUAGAACUCCCACGGUGUGCCUAUCCCGCGCGUUUGGGAGAACCCGUCGCGAACUCACCACCAGUGCUCUCUUCCGCGCUUAACAAUUCGGGGAGGCCAAAUAGACUCCUUCCGAGUCUGCCUAACGCUGACGGCAGGACAGGACAUACUGUCCCGCCCUUCUCUCAUGAAUCUUUUUUUUUUUUUUUGUUUUAUACACACGUCCACGUAGAUUCGCGCGCUCUCUAGGAUAGUUCAAGUAAAAAUUUUAUUUUAUUUGAAGAAUUCCAAAAAAAAUCUCGUACUUUCCCUACGCGAAAUUAUUUUCCUUGUAUAGAAACAAAUUCUUACGUGCGGUUUUUUGUGAAUAAAUAUAAAAUCUACAUUUUUGCAUAAUAGAAUAACUUAGGACUUAGGUAUAAAAAAAAAAAAAAAUUACAUUCUAUCACUCUGUGUAUUUACUAAUGUAAAGAAGAUGCAAAUAAUGGUAUUUUUUAUGAAUCCUUUAGGUCGAUAGAACGUGAAGCACACAUAUACAUAACAUAUAAAUAUAUACACAUGUACAUAUACGCGUAUAUACUAGGGCUAAUAAUUCUGUGAUGAGAUGUUCAGCUGCUGAUGUACUCUUGCUUUGUUCAACUUUUCGCACGUGUGUCACAAGCACACUUUCUCGUUACGAAUCUUCGCGGAAGCAAAACAUAUCGCAAAAUGAUGUAUCAACGAAGUUCUCGUUGUAUAAAUCAGCUGAUAUUCAUCCUCUCGAAUGCGAGGACAAAAAUGGAUUACUUGGACAUUGUCUGACACAUUAGAGAUACCACGGAUAUUAUUAACUCUGAUAUAUAGCUCCUCGAAUUGUAAAGACUGUAUUACAUUAAAAAAAAAAAAAAGAAAAAAAAAACAGAACGCUACUGCAUUUUGCAAUAAGAUAUAAAUUAUUAUAUUGAUUUACAAGCUGCAAACUGAUACUAGGUAAUAAAGGUGCUUCCACUUCAUUUGAAAUCCAA